ACCAAAUCAGUCAGACAACAGUGCAGACAUCUCCAUCCGCGCUCUGAGCCAAUAGCAUCGAGGGAGGUUUAAAGGCGUCGAGGGCACGCGGUGGGCUCCGUCCUCACUUCCUGGUUGAAGAUGGCGGAUGAGAAUGAGACAGCACCGAUGCCGGAGAAAGAAGAUGUAGAGGACCACGGACACUGCAGCGACUGUGAAAAUGAAGAGCACCACUCUGACGAUGGGGGUCUGGGUGACGACACCGGCGCCAAGAAGAAGAAAAAGAAGCAGAAAAAGAAGAAGAAAUCUGGUGCCACAGAAGCUGCUCAGGACCCUCUUGCCAAGGUGAAUUCAUUGCCAGCUGAUAAGCUACAGGAGAUCCAAAAGGCCAUUGAACUGUUCUCUGUAGGCCAAGGCCCUGCCAAAACCAUGGAGGAGGCAACUCGUAGGAGUUACCAGUUCUGGGACACACAGCCUGUGCCCAAGCUAGGGGAAACGGUGACAUCACACGGCUCCAUCGAACCUGACAAGGACCACAUUCGUGAGGAGCCCUACAGCCUCCCACAGGGCUUCAGCUGGGACACCCUCGACUUGGGGAAUCCUGCUGUGCUCAAGGAGCUUUACACCCUUCUCAAUGAGAACUAUGUGGAAGAUGAUGACAACAUGUUUCGAUUUGACUACUCUCCUGAGUUCCUGCUCUGGGCCCUGCGGCCCCCCGGCUGGUUGCCCCAGUGGCAUUGUGGGGUGAGGGUUAACUCUAACCAGAAGCUGGUAGGCUUCAUCAGUGCCAUUCCUGCCACCAUCCAAAUCUAUGACAUAGAAAAGAAAAUGGUUGAGAUCAAUUUCCUCUGCGUCCACAAGAAGCUUCGUUCCAAACGAGUCGCUCCAGUUCUGAUCAGAGAGAUCACCAGACGGGUCAACCUGCAGGGCAUCUUUCAGGCUGUUUACACCGCUGGAGUGGUACUGCCCAAACCCGUGGGCACGUGCAGGUACUGGCAUCGCUCUUUAAACCCGCGCAAACUAAUCGAGGUGAAGUUCUCCCACCUGAGCAGGAACAUGACUAUGCAGCGCACCAUGAAGUUGUACCGUCUGCCUGAGGCCCCGAAGACUUCGGGUCUGCGGCCGAUGACCAAGAAGGACGUGCCGGUGGUGCAUCGCCUCCUCCGUGAGUACCUGAGCCAGUUCAACCUGGUGCCUGUCAUGAACCAGGAAGAGGUAUCACACUGGCUGCUGCCCCGGGAGAAUAUUAUCGACACUUACCUGGUGGAGAACGAUGGCAAGGUGACUGAUUUCCUGAGUUUCUACACACUGCCCUCUACCAUUAUGAACCACCCUGUGCACCGCAGUCUAAAAGCAGCGUACUCCUUCUACAACGUGCACACCACCACCCCCCUGCUUGACCUGAUGUCUGAUGCCCUCAUCCUGGCCAAAUCGAAAGGGUUUGACGUCUUCAAUGCACUGGAUCUAAUGGAAAACAAGACUUUCUUGGAGAAGCUUAAGUUCGGCAUCGGUGAUGGGAAUCUUCAGUAUUAUCUGUACAAUUGGAAGUGUCCCAGCAUGGGGUCAGAAAAGGUUGGGUUAGUGCUGCAGUGACAUCCCUACAUGCCAUAAGCAAGUGUCACCAACAGGCCAGGAGACCGCACCAUCGCACUGACCACCCGACAGAUGGAGUGAUGACUUCCUGCUUCAGGAAAGGAAACCCACCGCCCAUUUUUACUUUUUGACCUUUUGAACUUUGACCUGCACUACCGCUGCCAGGCGGGGAGGCGGAGAGAGUCUCGGUGCUCUCCCUCCUCCCUCGAUCACAUGGACCUUAAGCCAUUGUAGUUACCAUCCCCAACAACUGUAUUACAUCUGAAAAGCUGUCUUGAUUGUACCAAACACGCAUACACACUGACAAACAGUUUUGCACAGAUUACUGUAUACCAAACACUCGCUGUUGGCAUACCAACGAAACGUACAAUACGUGUAAAUAAUAUCAGACAUAACUUCAAAUUAUGCCGUAACACAUACAGACUAGAACCUACUGUUUUAUUUUAUUCCUAAAUGUUGGAAGUGCUUUUUGCAAUUAAAAUCUGUCAUCCUUAAGUUUUAGAGAUAAAAAAAAAAAUUCAAAAUGAUCAAAAAAUAUUUAAAGAGGAAAAGGCUCAAAAAGAUGAGGUAAUAAAUACCAAAAGUGGACACCAGAUAAGGGCUUCUGAUUUUUCUUCUCAUGCUUGACCCUGUGUCUUUUUUAAAUUUUUUCUCAUCAAACCCUCUGUUCUACCAGUCAUUAAUGGUGUUGAUUCAACACUGCUUUACGGAAGAUGUAUAUGCUGGAGUUGGCAUUCAUGUUCUGGAGCUCUUCUCAUCUGUAUUAACUUUUAUGACUCCUCCUCUCCAGCUUUACUGCAUUAAAAGAAGAAGCCCUGUUCAGAGGAAAAUGAAACACAGACUGACAAUAACGGACCAGCUCUGUUUUAAGAACAUAAUCUGAAUCAUUUUGGACGAGGCUGGACUGCCGCCGCACCGAGGUUGAAGGCGUUCUGGCGCGGGGGGGGGGUUUAUUCGACACGUUUAUCAGCAGGGAUCAGAUUUAUUAUGACACCUCUCGAGUUAACUGUGUCCCAGUUGCAAUGUCCACUCUUGCGGACUCUCAGACUUUUGACUUUGGUGUUAUCAAUUAAGUCUGUGAGGGAAUUGGAAAGUUCUUGAGUGCUUUGACCUUUUUUUUUUUUUUUUUUUUUUUUUUUUUUCUUGAGACUUUCAUUUAUCUGCAAUUACGCAGAGGGAAUCACACAGGAAGUCUUAAAUAGUCAUUAAAAAUUAAGAUAAAACACAAAAUACAAGUUUACAUGCACAUAGCAAGCACUGUGUCAGGCUCUCUGCUGUAUCGAUGGUUUGGUUUUGUCUCAUUUGAAAUAUGAUUACUAAUAGUAUGCUUCAAACAUGCAGUUUUACUAACGUGUAUGAAACGUGAGCUUUGCAGGUAACAUUUCACAAAGUGCUGUCCUCUUCCUCAUACAGUAUUCAGAGCGUUACGCAAAUCAUGCAGGUGUCUUCGGUUUAAAGUCUGUGAAAGUUCAGGGUGGAUGUUGGAGCUGGGCCUGUGAGUUGCAGUCUGGACAGCUGUGGGUGGGUGGUGAUGAUGACUGGGGGGUGGGGUGGGGGGGGAGGGGAUGCCCCACUUUAAAGUGUUUCUUAUGUAAAAUGUUGAUUGUGCUUGCAAACAGAUGUAAAAGAAUUAAUGGGUCUCAUGGUGUUAUGAUGCAGGGAAAGAAUGUGAAGAUGCAGGUGAUUUUUUUUUUUUCUUUGUUUUUGUUUUUUGUUUUUUGAGCAAAAAAUAAAAUCUAGAAGUUGCUGUGA